AUGUCUCGGCCUGUCAUCGCUGUCGAUCGCGAAAACAUAGAUGUGACUCGUCACUUCCACGAUGCCAACCUUCAAGAGAUUCCUCGGAGCUAUGUUCACUUUCUGGAAACUCGUCUCAAAUAUCUCGACACACUCCUACAACAUCACAAUGUUGAAGUCAAACCAGUCUCCGCCUUUGAUGAAUCAGAGGCAAGCAGCGAUAACAUUUCACGUGAAAAUGUUGUCCCUGAUGACUUACAUGAGCUGCCAAACCAGGAUGACAGGGAAGAUAAUCGGCAUACUGGAAAAACACUUGUCCGGGAGAACGAGCUUUCUUCCUCGGCGGCUCCAUCAAAGAUCCCAGCCUCCCUGAGCGUAUCAAAAUUGGAAGAUUCUUCUAACAACAUAAUUAUGAACCUGCUGGCUGGGAGUUCCAUGAGAUGCAAGAUUUUGAAAAGCGGCAGAAAUGGUGAAAAUGGGAUAAGAAGUUCCAUUCGUACUUCAUUCUUUGGUCUAUUUUUUGGCAAAUCGAAUGAGGGAUGCGCAGAGCUGCCCCGUCGAAGAGACGCAAACAUACUUGUUGACCGAUAUUUUGAACAUGUGAAUACUUUUAUGCCAGCCCUGCAUCGUGAUGAUAUCGACCAACUUAUUGAUCAUGCCUAUUCGAGCUUGGGGUGUAAGAAACAACCUCGAAAUUUGUAUAUUCUUCUCAUUGUUUUUGCUAUCGGCGCUGCCGUAAAGCAUGAUUCCGCACGGCAUAUCGCGGUCGAACAACUGGCUACAGAGUUUCAAAGGACACCUGGAGGGAAAAGGCAAAAGAUAUCAAGCACUUUUGACACAUCAGAAGCUUAUGAGGCUUCGGCCAUGAUCUACCUAGAAUCAUACUUGGCAUUGUCACCAUCUCCAGGUCUAUCGAAUUCUCUCGAAGAGCUGCAAGCCCUGGUGCUUCUAUGUAGUCUUUCCCUUCUGAGGCCAACGGUUCCCUCUCUCGCUAGUCUGGUUGACACGGCCAUGCGCUCAGCUACUGAUUUACGACUUUACUCUGAUCGCAGCUUUAGUGCCACAUUUCAAGCCAAAUUCUCGAGCUACGAUUCCUCGAGUAGGAGGCUAGCUGUUCGGAAUCAACAUCUGGGCCGUCGUCUGUGGUGGUGCGCAUAUAGUUUAGAUCGCCUCGUCGCUCCUUGGUUGGGUCGACCUUUAUCAAUUCCCGACGAUGUCGUGACCACUGAAUUUCCGCUUGUUGAUGAUGAUCAGUCUCUAAUUGAAUUUGGAUUUAUCAGGUCCUCAGGGAGCUCGACAAGCUCCGGGUACGCAACUCACCAUCACCUGAAACUGCGGCGUUUGCAAUCCGAAAUUCACUGCAUGCUUCAGUCUCAACUUGCUCUACGUGCUAAUGCCUGCCAACCAGUGGAUUCGCGUCGAGAAACGCUCACUAUUCCCAAACAAUCUGGCCCUUUCAUUUCAUGGCAAAGAAAAAUGACCGAUAAGUUAGACGAGUGGAGAUGGUCUAUCCCUUAUUCCUCUGAGAGCGGUCGUUCAUCUUGUGACCUUCUGAUGGAACUCGGUUACUGGCAAACCAUAAUCACGCUCUACCGCCAAAUUAUAAUAAUUCCCAAGCAGCUGGUUGGAUUGUCAUCUGCCAAUGAGGCCAAAGUUGAGCAGCUGAUGAGUCAAACUGCUAAAGAAUUCGACGUGGUGUAUUCAAGAGUGGCCGAGGCCUCUCAGAAGGUCAUUCGAAUAUACCGCGCAUUACAGUCUAUGGAUUUAAUCAACAUUGCAUACUUUGCGGGGGACCAAAUAUUCAUUGCCGGUUCUCUUUUCUUGUUCACAAUCUGGAACUCAGACCAUAUUCGUCGCUGCUUGUCAUUUCAAGAUAUCGACAGUACAGUCUUAACGGUCACCGCUGUUCUAGAUGAAAUGUCUGAUCAGUCUCCUACUACGAGAAUAUCCGGGACUGUCUUCCAACAAAUGAGUACCACGACCAUCCAGUACUUUUUAUCCACCAGCCACGCGCAUAAUAACCCCAUGCCUCUCUCUAAUGAGAAUCACUACAAUUUGACGCCAGAAAAUACAACUCAGAACACACCGUCACCUUUCACAUCUGAGUUGACCGACCAUGGGAAACCUCAACUUCCCACCUUAGACUUUCUCGAACAGACCGACCUAUCCCGGGAUCAUAAAGCGGGUAUCUGGGAUGAUCAAUUGGACAAGAAAGAUAUGUUCGAAGUUCCUAUUCAGCUACCAUUCAGCUUUGAUGGCCCUGAUUUGUUGUCACAAUUCGCGAUGGGAGGUCAAGACAUUGAAGCCUUGUCCAAAAUGCCGUUCGGUACAAAUGGACUGAAGCGAGAGUUUCAGUUCACAGCUAAUGACUUGGAUAUUGAUACCUCAUUUGCUAUUCCUUUAAAAUUGCAAGAUGAACAGUCUUCAGAUCCUGACACGCCAAUUACCGGGCUUAGUGAUGAGCUUUUGGGAGGCUUACUUGUUGGAUGGGCUGACCCAUAA